ACUGCAGGUCCCAGCGCAACGACCCAGGCUACGAAGCUUGAGCUGCCUGGUGCUCAACCACCUCAACUCCAUCCCGACCUACCUAUACUAACAACGACCACCCAAAAUCCACCUCCAAACGAAGCUCUCCAUCGCAACCCCCAACGCACAACUGUAUUUGCUUCGCGCAAUCUCACCGAUCACACUCUACGCGGCGCUGCCAGAGCAGCUAAUAAUAAUUCAUCAUGUUCAGAAACAACUACGAUAACGAUUCCGUUACCUUCUCGCCCCAGGGCCGAAUAUUCCAGAUCGAAUACGCUGCUGAGGCAGUGAAGCAAGGUUCAGUCGUUGUCGGUAUCGCCAGCAAGACCCAUGCUGUUCUAUGUGCUGUCAAGCGAAACGCAGAGGAACUCUCAUCCUACCAGAAGAAGCUGUUCACUGUCGACGAACAUGCUGGUAUCGCCAUCGCCGGUCUUACUUCCGAUGCUCGCGUCCUCUCCAAUUUCAUGAAGCAGCAGUGUCUAGGACACCGACUCACCUACGGCCGUGCCAUUCCCCUCCGAUCCCUUGUCGACAUGAUCGGUGAGAAGGCCCAGAUGAACACUCAAAUGUACGGAAAGCGACCUUAUGGUGUUGGUCUGCUAGUUGCUGGUGUUGACGAACGCGGUCCCCACCUAUUCGAGUUCCAGCCUUCAGGCAUGACAGAGGAGAUGCUUGCGUUUGCCAUUGGCGCGCGAAGUCAAAUGGCUCGAACAUACCUUGAGCGCAACAUCGACGAGUUCGCCGACUGUUCAAGGGAGGAGUUGGUCAAGCACGGUCUCAAGGCUCUGAAGGAGAGUUUGGUUCAGGACAAGGAGCUUACAGUAGAGAAUCUUUCAGUCGGUGUAGUGGGCAUCAACACAAAGGACGGCAAGAAGAAGGUCGAGCCCUUUAAGCUCUACGAUGGAUUCGAGGUACAGCCAUGGAUCGAGAGCGUUGGCGAGGGUCAAGGAGGUGCAGAGGAAGGCGAGGGUGAGGGCAUGGAUGUGGACAGCUAAACGUGUGACGAAUGAUGAAGCGGAUACACGUGGCAUCGGGUUGCUAGCUAAAUAGGUAGAUCAUGUACAAUUACAUGCUGCAAAGACAGCUUUUCAUGGGUCCCACGUCUGGUCAGUCACAGCAGAGCAGGUGGCUUGGGUCAUCAGUCCGUCUAUUUAUGGAGCGCCAGUCUAUCCUAUCCUAGAAAUGCGGAAACUAAGAAAUACCCGUUAAAACCGUUAAAACACCUAUUUGGUUCCGA